GAGGCGCUUCCUGCAGCAGUGAGAGCGAGAGACAGGCGAGAGUCCGGCCGGAGAGCUCCGGGACACUGCGCGCUUCCUCCUGCACUGCGCCUCUGGAUCCGCUACCUGCUCCUCAGGAGCUUUCACUCCCAGCCCAGUGUGUGAGGAACAUCAGGACUAUACACACACACACACACACACACCCCGCUGUGGAUUGGUGCGCCCGCUGUGGAUUGGUGUGGGCUUUUUGUUUUCAGUAUUAUUUGCUUUUUUCCCCUAAAAGGACUGAGGAUUUCCACUUCCGACCUGUCAGUAUUCCAAACUGGUGCACGAUGCUUUCAGACAGGUUCCGGUUGGUCCGGAUUCUCCUGGUGCUGUUUGUUCUACUGGUUCCGAGCUCGGCCAACGAUGCUCUCUCGGCCCCUCGGGUCUACCUCCCCUUUAAAGGACUGAGGUCCACGAACACGGCUCAUCAUUUCUCCUUCCUGUUAAACACGUCAGAUUACCGGAUCCUGCGCAUGGAUGAGGAUCACGACCGCAUGUACGUCGGGAGCAAAGACUUCAUCCUGUCACUUGAUCUCCACGACAUCAACCACCAGCCUCUCAUCAUCCACUGGCCUGUUUCCUCACCGAGGAAGAUGGAGUGUGUGUUCAGCGGUAAAGACAACAAUGGCGAGUGCGGUAACUUUGUGCGUCUGAUCGAGCCAUGGAACAGGACUCACCUGUAUGUGUGUGGGACUGGAGCCUACAACCCCAUGUGCACCUACAUCAACCGCGAACACAGAGCCAUGAUGCCCCUGCACCUGCAGACGCCCCAGGCCAGAGGGAGGUCCAGUCGGGCGGCUGAGCUCGAGACUGUGACUGGUGAGACGGGAGUGCAGGAGUACAUCUUCCGCUUGGAGCCAGGUAAUGAGGAUUCUGGGAAAGGAAAGUGCCCGUAUGACCCAAAACUGAACAGCGUCUCUGCUUUGAUCAAUGGAGAACUGUAUGCAGGUGUGUACAUCGACUUCAUGGGAACGGACUCAGCGAUUUUCCGAACGCUGGGGAAAAACACGGCCAUGCGUACGGACCAGUAUAACUCCAGAUGGCUGAAUGACCCCUCGUUUGUGCACGUGCACCUCAUCCCAGACAGUGCAGAGAAAAAUGACGACAAACUGUACUUCUUCUUCCGUGAGAAGUCUUUGGAAAUGGGCCAGAGUCCUAAAUCAGAGUCGCGCAUCGGACGCAUCUGCCUGAACGAUGAUGGUGGUCACUGCUGCCUGGUGAACAAGUGGAGCACGUUCCUCAAAGCUCGCCUCAUCUGCUCUGUCCCCGGGGCCGAUGGAAUCGAAACACACUUCGACGAGCUCAGAGACGUGUACAUACAACCUACGCAGGACACCAAGAACCCGGUCAUCUACGGGGUCUUCUCUGUCUCUGGCUCGGUGUUUAAAGGCUCGGCAGUUUGCGUUUACUCCAUGGCUGACGUUCGGAUGGUGUUUAAUGGACCGUUCUCACACAAGGAGGGUCCAAACUACCAGUGGGUGGCGUACACGGGAAAAAUCCCUUACCCACGGCCAGGAACGUGUCCUGGAGGAACCUUCACCCCUAACAUGAAGUCCACCAAGGAUUACCCCGACGAGGUCAUCAACUUCAUGCGUAACCACCCCACCAUGUACAACUCGGUGUAUCCCGUCCACAAGCACCCUCUGGUGGUCAGGACCAACGUGGACUACGAGUUCACCACCAUCGCUGUUGACCAAGUGACGGCAGCCGACGGAAGCUACGAGGUCCUCUUCCUGGGAACUGACAGAGGCACGGUGCAGAAGGUGAUUGUUUUGCCCAGAGACGACCUGCAGACAGAAGAGCUCAUCCUCGAGGAGGUGGAGGUGUUCAAGGUCCCGACUCCAAUUACGACCAUGAAGAUUUCGUCUAAAAGGCAACAGCUGUACGUGGCGUCAGUGGUGGGCGUGACCCAGCUCGCGCUGCACAGGUGUGGUGUGUACGGCGAGGCAUGCGCUGACUGCUGCCUGGCCCGAGACCCGUACUGCGCCUGGGACGGCAAAUCCUGCUCCCGCUACUCAGCCUCGCACAAGAGGCUGCCUUUUAGGCGCAGUCGGAGACAGGACGUUAAGUACGGGAACCCGAUACGGCAAUGUCGUGGCUACAACUCCAACAUCAAUAAGAACACUCUGGAGACGGUGCAGUACGGUGUGGAGAGCAGCAGCACGUUUCUGGAGUGUCAAGCCAGAUCUCCGCACGCCACCAUCAAAUGGCACUUUCACAAGGACAAAAGUGACAGGAGGAGAGAGGUCCGUUCAGAUGGACGUGUGCUGAAGACGGAUCAGGGUUUGCUCCUGCGAUCUCUCCAGCCGUCCGACUCGGGCGUGUACGUCUGCACGGCUACCGAGAAGAACUUCAAGCACACGCUGAUGAAGCUGCAGCUGGUGGUGCUGUCGAGCCAGGCGGUGAACAGCGUGCUCCUGGAGAGCGGCUCUCAGCCCCAGACGAGUGCGUGGACGCCCAGCACCGGUCAGUACCGGGAGCUUCUCAGCAUCCUCAGCCAACCCAAGAUGGGCCUCAUCAACCAGUACUGCCACGACUACUGGCAGCUCGGGGACGCGCUCCGAGACAGCGGCGGCGUCAAACCCAGCGAACUCAACGAGCAGAAGAAACCGCGCAGCCGCCGGCAUCAUGGCGAAGUCCACGAGGACGAGGAGGAGACAUGAGGACCUCCGUGACGCUUCCAGAGACUUGACCGUGAGCGCGAUGGAGGGAAAAACGCGACGUUUCUGAACUUUUACCAGAGCGAACAGAUGUCCCAGAUGUUAUAACGCGUAAAGAAUAUCAUACACAGUAUUUAUUGUAGGUUGUAAAUAGUAUAAUUCUGUGGAUUUCUUUGUACUUAAAUAGAAAAAAAGUAAAAAAGAAAAGAAUGCUCUUUGUCUAUAGGGCAGAUAUUAUUGUUAUAUCAUUUUUAUUGUCGUUAACGAGGAACAAAAAUCUAUCGGGCAUUGACGGGCGUUUUCAUCUCGACUCGAGCGUUUGGACUUGAUUAAAAAAACAAAAGAAGAGGCGGGACUGUGCUGUCUGCAGGAACAUGAGAAGAGACUUUAUUUCCGACAGACAGAGGGGGAAGACGUCGUUCCGAAGCCCGGUGGGUGUGUUCUGGGUCGGCUCAUCAGCACGUCGUUCAUGCAGUCUUCCCUUAUUUCUGAGCUCAUCGUAUAUAUAUGCACAUAAUGUUCGACAUGAUUGCACAAAAGGAGCAGGGAGUGAUGAGUGAGUGAUGAGUGAUGAUGGGCACAGCGCAGUCGUCAUUUCCCCGACUCCAGCCUGGAGACUUGCUUAGGGAUGAAAACGUGCAUUCGGUUUGUUCUGCUCCUGAUGAAAUUUGUGACGAUGUUUGAAACCACUGCAGACUGACUCUGAGGGCUUCACCUCUCACCUCUCACCUUUACCACUUCCGUAAAGAAGAAAAGCACAAAGUGACUCGUUACGUCACUCGACAGUGAAGCACACAUGAUUACAGACCCGUAACAGUCUCGGAUUAUACACAGGGAAACUCACAACAUGACAGCAAAUCGUUACUUCCCCCGUGUUCUUGCGUACCGUAUUUUCUGGACUGCAUUAGUGUCACUGUUCCACGCGCAUUCAUUACUGUUAUUAUAGAAGGCUUUAUACUCCAGCAUUCAGGGAUUAAUCAGACGGAUUAAUUGACAUAAUUUUCAGGCUUUUCUGAAACACUAAAAGGAUUAAAAACUAAAUACACAAAAAAUAAAAUGUGAUUUACGCAGCGAUGUUUUUUUUUUUUUUUUUUUCCAGAAAAUACGGUACUCAUCAGGAAGUUGGAUUUCACUGUGUGCAUGACUGAUGUGUUUGUAAUACUGUUAUUUAAAAAAAAAAUCCCCCCGUUAUACAUUUACGGCAAACUGAGAGAUCAAAUAAAUUCCCCAAGAACAACGAUGCACUCAUCCAGUCCUGUGUGGGACUGAGACUGUCCUGAGGGAAAACCACGUGUAUCUUUCCACAUCUGUAUCUUUCCUUCGGCUCACAGCAGGAGGGAAACGGUUGUACAAUUUCUUGCUCUUGCCUUCUUUCAUCAUCACUUUUUACGACUCGAUGCACAGGUGAUGUGAUUGUAAUGAUUCGUGUAAAUGAUGACCCCACCCCCCUCUUCUUGUUGGUGUUGCUGACUAAUAAAUUAAAGCUCUAUAUUUUAUAGUAA